CAUGUAGGAUAAUAAGAUAGCAUGUAAUAAAAUGUAACGCAGUGGGACUAAUUCUUUAUCGAGUAAAUUUGAAGGCUUUACUGAAUCAGGUUUAAAGUGAGAAAAAUGUCUGAAAGAGGAAUUCAACUUUUCCUGAUCAAACGCUGCUUGUGGAAUGUACUGAGACGUUUAUUUUUCGUAUAUCUGGUGAAAGAUGUACAAUCAAGAUGUUGGCAGAACAAGUCUGCGUUAGAUUUACCAUUUGAUUUGAAUGGACAUGCAACUGUAUAUUUGAACGUUUUUCGUCGUGCAAUCAUGUUUGAAAAAUUUUUGCUGAUGAAAAAUUCAUUAUUUGUGACUUUGCAAUUUCCCUCAAACAAUACGUUACAUUACCUACAACUUUUCCGUUUCGAUUGUAUGCUGAAUGUCAAUACAGUUGUAUAUUUCCUUUUUAGUGCUAGAUUCAGAUGUGUUUUUAAUGAAACCAUGCUCCUGUUAUACAAUUUUGAAGGGAUGUUUCAGUGCAUCCUCGAUGAUGCAGGCCAGUUGGCACUUAUGAUAUAUAAUUUAAUGAAGCUAAACAUCACGUGCUGGAAAGCAAGUUGUAUGUACAUAGGACUGUUUACAGUCCAUGCCUUUACCUUAGUUUUCCUUCUGGAUUGUGUUUCCAGGACAACUUAUGCUUACACAGAGGGAAUGGUUCGAACAUCAUUUCAAGAAGAACUAUCAACUCAAAACAGGUCUCAUUAUUUUAAUACCGAAGUAACUUUGGCACGUUCUGAUUAUAAAGGCAUUGUUCAAAUGCAUGACGUAUACAUAAGAGAUAUCAAUAUCUCUAAUUUAUAUCAUUUUUACAAAAGAAAACAGGAAUCUUUUAGGGAAAAGUAUCCAUUUACUUACAUAAAACUCCUUCGAUAUAAAAUGGAGGAUAUAUCAAUGACAUGUUCAUAUUUAUCAAAAACAAACGAUAGAAAAGUGUACUGGAUUAAGGAUGGCGGACCUGUGUCAACAAGUCAACGGUAUAGGGCGGAUGUAGAAUUCCAAGAAAGUGAUAAUAAUGAAUACAAGUAUUUAGUAUACAUAAUGCUAAAUAUAAGUACUGUUCUGGAAUCAGACUUCGGUACAUUUCAAGUGGUUAGUAAUGGAACUAUAAACAACACUGAUAUGAAAAUUUAUUUCUCAACCACAGUGUGUGUGUUUGAACUGGAACAAAUAAUGGAAUUUUUGGAACUGCGUUACAGCUAUCCUGGACAUGUUUUUAAUUCAGGUGUUCAUACCUACCACACCAAUGAUAUAAAUGAUGAUGUAGACUUUUUUUACAUGAACAAUGACAGAGAUUUUGAGACAGUAUGCUCCGGUCAUAUAAACGACUGUUCACUUGGUGCUAGGGUUUCUGUAAUGUUUGAUUUAAAAUCAAUUGAUGUUUUUUCCUUUAUGUUUGUAGCUGUCCCUAAACGUAAUGAAGCACACGAAUAUCCACAUUAUAUGUCAACAAAUAGAUUUUGCAUGUGCAACUCAGGGUUUGGACUCUAUAGGGUUGUGAUUCGAAGGAGCAUAUACAACUAUCUAAAAAAAUAAGACAGUGAUACGUGAGUUUGAACACCCAAAAAAGUUUUUAGUUUUACCCAAAACUGAGACCUCGUACUUACGAGUUAUGGAUGAUAAAUACUUGUAUGAGCAGCUGGAAGAAAUGGCUAAGAAUGGAACUGACAUGGACAUUAUUCAAAACAACAUGGACAUGUAUAUAAAUAUUAUAAAUGCUAAUGAGAGCAAGGUAUUGUUGAUCGGAAAUGUAAUAACCUUUAUAACGUUCCUUUGUUAUAUGUUUAUAUCAACAACAGUUUUUUCUUUCCCAAUAUGGCUCUACUUUAAAACAUUUGUGAGAAUACCAGGAUAUGUCAGACGGUACAUGCAAAGCUCUAUUGACACGCAACAAGACUUCCUAGCCUUGGCACAGGAGGUACCAGGCAUAUUCAUUUCCCAUGCCGAGGAGCAAUACACCUUUGUGGUUAAUGAACUUCUGACAUUUUUGGAGAACGACUGUUCUAUCAAGGUCCUACUUCCAGAAAGAGAUUUCCAUCCGGGGCAAAACAUUUUCCUCUUGUAUUCAAAGUUUAUACAUUUUAUCCCAAGCUUACAUGGACGACAGUUUUUGCAAAAAUCUACAACUGGAGCAACUAAUUUUGCCAAAGUUGUACCAUAACGAUGACUCCAGGAAAAGUGUGCUGUUCAUUAAAAUAGAAAGGCAUAUGAUAUGUCCAUCAUAUUGCCCAAAAGUAUUGGACUGGACAACUCAUCUGUCUCAUAGAAAGAAACUCAUGAAAAUCUGGCAAUGGUUUCAAACCGGACAUUUGAAAAAUUGAAAAGCUAAAAUUGAGAUAAUUGUUGGUCAUUUUUUUUUCUUUCUUAAAACUUUGAUGCUGUUUCAAUACUGGAAGCAGACUUGUUGAUUAUCAUUAUCAUGUUCA